AUACUUUACAGAAGAGAGAGAGAGAGAGGAGAGAGAGGAGAGAGAGUGCGUGUACAGUGUUGAAUUUUGAUUCGGCGCUUAUUGAAGAAAGUAGGAGGGGGGCUCUAACAAUUUCACAGCGUGUGAACGAAAAGAAAUUCAUUUGCCAUUCUUUUUCUGUUUAUCCCCGUUAAUGGUGGCUGAAGUUUCAACCAAUCGUUUCGUUUUCCGAUUAUUACUCCUCUUCCAAUCGAUAAUUUUAUCCGUCUAACUUCUUAUAUGGGCUCAAAUCAACAUCACCACCACACUACCGCCGGCGAUGGCGUUCCUCAGCGCCUUAACAGUCCUAGAUUCUCCGGCCCAAUGACUCGUCGCGCCCAAUCUUUCAAACGCACCACCAACAAUAACACCACCAACAACACCACCAACAACAGCAAUCAAACCAAUCCAAAUAACAAUACCCACCAUGAGAUCGAUCUGCAACUCAACUCUCCCAGAUCGGAAUUUGCCAAUAACGCCAAUUCUGCUGAUGGGCAGAUAAACAAUCAUUAUCCUCAUCAUAAUCAUGUCACUCAGAGGACUCACUUAAAGAGGCCUCUUGGGUUUGGAUCUGUUGGAGCUGUGGAGUUGGGAUUUGUCUUGACAGAGAAGAAGAAGAAGUUGGGGCAUUGGAUGUUCUUUGUCUUCUGUGGUGUCUGCUUAUUUCUUGGUGUACUCAAGAUCUCUGCUAACGGCUGGUUCGGGUCUACAAUUGAAAAUUUUGAGUCCAGUCAGGAUAUAAAAGAUCCUUUCGGGGAUAGAAUGGAAGUUAUGGAUCGGACCUUGCACAAGCAUGUUUAUAGCGAAGAAAAUGAAGUGGAAAGGAGUCUCAUUGUAGUUGCUUCAGAUAAUGGUCAAUCUCAUAACAUCACGGCUCGUCUUUCAGGUAUUUGGUCCAAACCCAACAGUGAGAAUUUCACUCAAUGUAUCAAUCAUCCAAAAAGACAGAAAAAACUAGAUGCUAAGACAAAUGGGUAUCUUUUGAUAAAUGCUAAUGGUGGAUUGAAUCAAAUGCGUUUUGGGAUAUGUGAUAUGGUUGCUGUAGCUAAAAUCAUGAAGGCAACCCUUGUCCUUCCUUCCCUGGAUCAUACAUCAUAUUGGGCUGAUGAAAGCGGAUUUAAAGAUCUGUUUGACUGGCGACAUUUUGUUGAGGCACUUGCAGAUGAUAUCCACAUAGUUGAUACACUACCUCCAAACUUUUCUGAAAUCGAGCCUCUCACGAAGACACCUAUAUCUUGGUCUAAGUCCAGUUACUAUAAAACAGAGAUCCUCCCACUUUUGAAGCAACACAAAGUGAUGUAUUUUACUCACACAGAUUCUCGACUUGCCAACAAUGAACUCCCGGGCUCCAUACAGAAGCUCCGAUGUCAUGCAAACUAUCGAGCACUAAAGUAUUCGAAACAAAUAGAAGAAGUUGGAGAGAUCUUUAUUUCAAGAAUGAGAGAUAAUGGAGGCCCUUACCUUGCUCUCCAUUUAAGGUAUGAGAAGGAUAUGCUAGCUUUUACAGGCUGCAGCCAUAACUUGACUGUCGAAGAAGAUGAAGAACUUCGAAGGAUGAGAUAUGAGGUCAGUCAUUGGAAAGAGAAAGAGAUUGAUGGAGUGGAAAGAAGGAAGCUUGGCGGUUGUCCUUUGACUCCAAGGGAGACCGCUGUUUUGCUCAAGGCACUUGGUUUUACUUCUGAAACUAGAAUUUACUUGGUUGCUGGGGAAGCCUAUGGAAACGGUAGCAUGCAGUACUUAACCGAAGAAUUCCCAAACAUCUUCUCUCAUUCAACCUUAGCAAUGAAUGAUGAACUUCAAUCCUUUCGGAAUCACCAGAAUAUGCUAGCCGGUUUAGACUAUGUUGUUGCUCUUGAGAGCGAUGUUUUCGUGUAUACUUAUGAUGGAAAUAUGGCCAAGGCUGUUCAAGGUCAUAGGAGGUUUGAGGACUUUAAGAAAACUAUCAACCCAGACAGGGGUAAUUUUGUAAAACUAGUGGAUGAUUUGGAUGAAGGAAAGAUUUCAUGGAAGAAGUUCACCUCAAAAGUGAAGAAGCUUCAUAAAGACAGAGUGGGAGCUCCAUAUAUGAGGGAAGCUGGUGAAUUUCCGAAGCUGGAAGAGAGUUUUUACGCGAAUCCCUUACCAGGCUGUAUUUGUGAAACGACAGUGUAAGAAUAUGCCCGUUUUGGACAGUUUUUUUAUCGAAAAUUCUCAGUGAACAUGGAAGAGUUGGCUGAGUGACUGGCUAAACUAAGUGCAUAUAAAAGAGGACCAUAAAAAGAGAACCGGUGGUUUGGUGAGAUUGACUGAGCCAUAUAUUGAUUGAUACUGGAAUUCAAUAUGGUUUCCACUUUUUGCACUUUAUUCAAUGAAUACAUAAAAGAAACUUACAGAUGGGAUUAUACUUUGAAUUUGUAUUAUUUUAUAGAAGAAAGUUAGAGUCUUGACAAACCAUUUGCUUAGAAUUGUUCAUCUAUUAUAUCUAUAACUUCUUUCCUUUUGGUUCAUUUGUAUCAUUUGCAUUGUAGGAGAAAACAUAUUCUUUCCCUUAUUAAUAACAAAGCUUUUAUCAAAGUUCUUUUAUU